AUGUGUUCAUCUUUCUCUUUCACGGUUGCCUUAGCCUAUUGCAGACGAGGAGAUCGAACAUGGAUUGAUAUAAGCGGAGAAUUGCUGUUAGUACACUGCCAGAAAUACCUUAACCCUAAUACUGGUAAUGGCAAAGCUAGUAGCUUUGAAGUAUACAAAUUCAAUACCAACGUCAAGCGGCGGGAUCCUGUGACGAGUUUGGGUGAAUACGCCUUGUUCUUAGGACGUGGCCAGUCAUUUGCUUUGUCGGAGCUUAAAGUAAGCGGCAUGAAAGGGAACCACAUAUAUUAUGCAGAAGAUUUCACUGAUCCUUGUUCUAUCAGAAAACUUCGACCAUGUGACGGAGAUAAUGAAAUAAUUGUAUACAGCUUAGAAAACUCAAAUCUUGAGUUUCUCCAGAGUCCAUUCCCAUCAGAAAAACCAUAUGGAAUGUGGUUCACCCCAAGCUUGGGUGGGAGAUGA